AUGGGACGCAAAACGGCAAAACAUGUACCACGAAACCAGAAAAAAUACUGGAGAAAAAUUUCAACACAAGAUAUUGAAGAUCGUUUAGAAGAUGUUCGAGUACAAGAAAUGACAGGUGGUCGACGAGCUGAUCAACCUGAUCAUGUUCUAUAUCAUAUUGAUAAUGAACUUCCACUUGGUGCUAAAUCUCCAUCGGCAGAAGAAACCGAAUAUACUGCACCAAUUCUUCGUUCAACUGGUAAAAAACGUCAACAACUUGAUUUAAAUAAUCUUAAUACAUAUAAGAUUUUACAACCACACAGUAGUGUACUACCACCAGCUGUAGAUGCACGUCCAACAAAAAAUCCAUCAUCAAAAAGAACAAAACGUCUUGUUGAAACACAAGAAAUUGUUGAAACACGUCGUGCUGCUACAAAAAAAUAUCAAACUGCAAUAAAACAACGUAGUGAAGCUUUUGAAAAAACUGCUUUAGACAAAGCUGGAAAAAUUGAGCUUGACGAUCCUCAUGUUUCACAAGGAUAUGAUCUAUGGAAUAUGCGUGAUGAAAAAAAAGAAAAAGUACGAUCAGCUGUUGGUUCAGAUAUGGCAUCAUAUAUGGAACAAAUCUAUCAAACAUACGAUUGGAAAGUUCCUAAACAUAUUACAAAGAAACCAACGAAAUUACCGGCGAUUGAAACACCAUUACCCGGUACAUCGUAUAAUCCUACAUUUGAUGAUCAUCAAGGUUUACUUCAAAAAGCUGUUGAAGUUGAACUUGAAAAAGAACGAAAAGAAUUGAAAUUAUUAAGAAAUUUACCAAAACCGUUAACACAAAGUGCAGCUGAACCAAUAAAACAAUCAUAUCUUAAAGAAAUGUCUGCCGGUAUAUUUGAUGAUGAUAUUGAAAAUGAACAAGCAAAUGAUAAGAAUAGCUUCUUUGGUUUAAAUUCUGUUAGUAUUGGUAAACCUGUUACAGUUGAUACAAAAACUGUUGCACAACGUAACAAAGAAAAACUUCGAAAGAUAAAAGAUGCUGAAGCGAAAGCAGCGAAAGAAAAACGUAUUCAAGAUAAUAAAUUUUUCCGAUUAAAAUCUAUUCGAAAAGAAAUAACUAAAGAAUCUCUUGAACAACAAGCACGAGAUAAAAAACGAAAAAUUGAAUAUGAAAAUCGAGAAAAAUUUGGUACAAAAAAAUUUGGACGAUAUAAAUUUGAAGAUGCUGAUUUGGAUUUAAAUUUAUCUGAAGAUAUAACAGGAAAUUUACGUACAAUGAAGGCUGAAGGAAAUCUACUUCAUGAUCGUUUUAAAUCAUUACAAAAACGAAAUAUUAUUGAAUCACGUAUACGAGCAAAACCAACAAAAACAAAAGUGAAAAGAUACGAAAAACGAUCUGUACGAGAAGUUGGACAUCGACUUAAUCAUCCAGGUGUUCAUAUCCCACAUGGUGUACAAUAUAAAACACCACAUAAUCUCCCUGAUGAAUAUGCUGAUCACCCACUUUAUCCACCAAUUCGACCAAAAUAUCCGCCAGGUUCAUGGGGUUCAAUGGAUCCUAAAAAAGCAUGGAUGCAUUUUGAAUUAGGUGAAAAACAUUAUCGACAUUUAAAAAGUGUUAAAGAACGUUUAACAAUUAUGGCAUAUCAAAAUAUGAUAUGUUAUUAUGAUAAAUUAGAUGUUGAACAAAUAAAUUCAAAAUUAAUAUGGAUGCUUACAGGUCGACCACGUUCACCACGUAGUUUACCAUUUUAUAAACAUAUUACACAAACACAUGUCACUGAUGAAUUACCCAAAUUUUAUGAACAAAUGGAUGUUGAAAGUCUUUUAAAUUAUGUUAAACCAAUAUUAAUUGAUCGAAUAUUAACAGAUGAAUAUGCACAAAAAGAUGAUAUACCUUUAGAAGAUAUGUAUGAUAAAGGUGAUUAUAAAGUAUCAUCAAUUAUGAAUGAGAAAAAACUUAAAAUUGAUCAACAACGUACAACAAAUACAUUAACAAAAAUGAUUCGAACUAUUAUCAAUGUUCUUGCUGAACAUAAACCACAUUUAAGACAAGCACUUGUUGGAUCUGAUGUACCAAUUGAAGCUUGGUGGAGUUUAAAUACAAAUGGAUCGAAAUAUGAUCGAGCUAAAUGGCAUCAUGAUUCAGAUACAACAAGUUUUCAAUUUCGUGAUAAAGCAGCUGUUCAAGUAAAAACAGAUAAACCAUUAAAAAGUAUUGUCGAUCCUAAUAGUAGUUUAUGUCAAACACCUGUACCUUUUUGUCCAUAUCAAGCACCCUCAUUCAAAGUAUUCACUGAUCGAUAUUUACCAAUGCAAAUACCUGGACAUUGGCAUGGUGAAGGACAUGAUUUUAAUCUUCUAUCAAUUUAUUCAAUGGAUUCAAUUUAUCAACAUGAUAGUUAUUUUAAUGAAGAUGAAUUAUUACCUAGUUUAAUGUCUUGGAUAGUUAAUGCUGGUCAUGCUGAACUUUUAGCACAAGCUUAUUAUCUUGGUUUUUCAAUGUGGAGAGAACCAACAUAUCCUUUAAUAGCUCAAACAAUUGUUAGUAAUCGUCGUCAAUGGAUAUUUGGUGUUUAUCAAUUAAAUACUAUAGCACAUUUUAAACCACGUGAUGCAUAUACAACAUCAAAUAUAUGUUGGGUAUCACCAAUAAUGAAUCUUUACGAACGAAUAGAAAAUGGUGAAUUAGUUAAUUUUAAUGAUGAUGUUCUUCGUCAUUUAUUACGUUUUAUAUUAAAUGAACCAGUCGAACAACCUGAUUGGAAUUUAAGACCAUAUGUUGAUGAUCUAACAAAUUUAGAUGAACGUUAUAAAAAAUUUAUUCGAAAUCUUUAUGAAGUUGUUAAACUUGAAAAACAAGAUAGUAGAGAACAUCAUCGAUGGGCUAGAGUACAUCAUGAUACAACUGUAUUUAAUCGUCGUUAUGCUAUGAUGACAACAUUAUUUAAAGACAUUGUUUUUGAUAAUUAUCCACGAGAAUGGUAUGGAAGAACAUUAGAAAAAAUUGAACGAAAAAAGAAUAUGCCGUUGUUUAAAGAAUAUGAUCUACUUUUGCCUGUUACUCGUUAG